AUGAAUGAAGAAGAAUGGAAUCAACAGAGUUACACCUUGCAUAAUGUUUUAUUACUUAUUUACAACAAACACAACCAGCGGGCAUCAUUAAUAUUACAACACCUGGAAGUACUCAGGUAUUUAAAUCUGUCAUUAAUUAAUUGAAAGGUAGACAUAAUAGACAUGGUUCUUUGAAGAUCAAAAUAGAACAUUAGCAAACUAAAUCAUUACAUUUAAUACCUGUUUGUUUUUCAGAAUGCUUACAAUGUGUACAUGUAAUGUCAUUAAAAAGGUAUUUACUUCAAAAGUCAAGGAUAAAAAUAGGACCGAGAAUAAAGUAGAUGUUUUAGAAAUUAAAUCUAAAAUAGUUGUAAUUGAAUCUCCUGAAGAUCUAGUUAUAGUGCUAUUGACACUGAAAAUUGAAGAGAAAAAUUAA